AGGAGGGGCCGGACGGCGCAUGCGCGUACCUUGGGGGCGCGGGUCUAGAGACCCUGGGACGCGGGGCGAGGGCACACGCAGAGAACUUUGCGGGGCGUGCAGGGCCCACGAGGCUGUCCCGUGCUCAGUCUCUCUCGGAGCGCCGGGAGCCUGCUCUGAACUCCCGCAUCCGCAGCUGUCGGGGCUGGGGGCUUCGCGGAGUUCGGGGGACCGCAGCGACGCCGGGUCCUCUGGUUGUACCCUGGGAGGGAAGGCCCACGGGUGGGGACAUCCCGACGUGCCCUGUCCUCCCCCCUGCGCGGUGGAGUUUGGGCGUCACCAGCUUGGGGGCGUUUCCCGGGACACCCCCCCCCCAGGGAUCCCCAAGGCAAGGUAACCCUAGGCCCAGAUAGAUCGACCCUGGGGCUAGUGCACCCUGCGGCCGCUGCCCGACGAGACACAAACGCGAUUACUGUCACCAGCUGCGGACCACGUUUGACGAACAGUUCUCACUUUGCUCCCGAACGCAGUUGAAGUUAAAGGCCCUACCUGAUCGGCAAAGCGACAGUGUGUGGCAAGACACGCUGAGAACCAAGAACCUGUCACCACAGGUCAGAGCUGAGGGGUGACCCGCUCCAGUCAACAUGGUGGACACAGAGAGCCCCAUCUGCCCCCUCUCUCCGCUCGAGGCUGAUGGCCUGGAAAGCCCGUUAUCUGAAGAAUUCCUACAAGAGAUGGGAAACAUCCAAGACAUAUCUCAGUCCAUCGGUGAGGACAGUUCUGGAAGCUUCAGUUUCACAGAAUACCAGUAUUUAGGAAGCKGUCCUGGGUCAGAUGGAUCCGUCAUCACGGACACCCUCUCUCCAGCUUCGAGUCCCUCUUCAGUUAGUUACCCUGCGGUUCCUGGCAGCGUGGAUGAGCCUCCCAGCGGCACACUGAACAUCGAGUGUAGGAUCUGUGGGGACAAGGCCUCGGGCUACCACUACGGGGUCCACGCAUGUGAAGGCUGCAAGGGUUUCUUUCGGAGAACCAUCCGGCUAAAGCUAGUAUAUGACAAAUGUGACCGCAACUGCAAGAUCCAGAAAAAGAAUCGGAAUAAGUGCCAGUACUGUCGCUUCCACAAGUGCCUGUCCGUGGGGAUGUCACACAACGCAAUUCGUUUUGGACGAAUGCCAAGAUCUGAGAAAGCAAAAUUGAAAGCAGAAAUUCUUACCUGUGAACAUGAUGUAGAAGAUUCUGAAACUGCAGAUCUCAAGUCUCUUGCCAAGAGAAUUUACGAGGCCUACUUGAAGAACUUUCAAAUGAACAAGAUCAAAGCCCGAGUCAUCCUCGCGGGAAAGACGGGCCACAAUCCACCUUUUGUCAUCCAUGACAUGGAAACGUUGUGCAUGGCUGAAAARACACUUGUAGCCAAGAUGGUGGCCAAUGGCAUCCAGAACAAGGAGGCUGAGGUCCGCUUCUUCCACUGCUGCCAGUGCAUGUCGGUGGAGACCGUCACAGAGCUCACGGAGUUCGCCAAGGCCAUCCCAGGCUUUGCAAACUUGGACUUGAAUGACCAAGUCACUUUGCUCAAAUAUGGCGUUUAUGAGGCCAUAUUCACAAUGCUUUCCUCCCUGAUGAACAAAGAUGGGAUGCUGGUGGCAUAUGGCAAUGGCUUCAUAACACGGGAAUUCCUGAAAAACCUGAGAAAACCCUUCUGUGACAUCAUGGAACCCAAGUUUGACUUCGCCAUGAAGUUCAAUGCUCUGGAGCUGGAUGACAGUGACAUCUCCCUUUUUGUGGCUGCUAUAAUUUGCUGUGGAGACCGUCCUGGCCUUCUCAACAUAGGACACAUUGAGAAAAUGCAGGAGGGCAUUGUGCACGUGCUCAAACUCCACCUGCAGAGCAACCAUCCGGACGACGCCUUUCUCUUCCCAAAGCUCCUUCAAAAAAUGGUGGACCUCCGGCAGCUGGUCACAGAACACGCACAGCUCGUGCAGACCAUCAAAAAGACAGAGUCGGAUGCAGCUCUGCACCCUUUGCUGCAGGAGAUCUACAGGGACAUGUACUGAUCUCUGUGAAUGCACAGCAACCACUUUUCAAGGAGAAAUGGGAGCAGCAUGGAUUUGCACAGAUUUCCAGCCUUUUAGUCUCAGACACUGGGAAGCCUGAGGGCUGGGUGACGGUAAUGCUCCUCUUCACAGCUUCCCCUUCUCCAGCAGUACAUCUAAGAAUGUGCCUAGCACUCAGGCGCUGGCGACAGGGUGAACAGUCCGCACUUGGAGAUUAAGGGGAGUGAUGGUACAGGGUCUGAUUUUCACCAGCCCAGUGUUAAUCGGUGCACAUAUCUUUAUAUCACAUUAGUAAUUUGCCAUUUGAUUAAUGAGUAACCUCAAAAUACCUGGUCUGUUCCCUUCUUCCCACCCUUUUGACUGUUGUACUCCUUUAUAAUUUGGAAAACUAAUCAGCACUUUUUAACAUUUAUAAUCCUAUAAAUCUAGAUAUAGCCAAAGGUUAGAUAUUUAAAACGCAGUGAAAUAUUUAUUUGGAAGACUUCAGUUCCAUUUCCUGAAUUGGAAGAAAGACAGUGGGCUGGUUUUUAAUCAUAGGAUUGAGAGUUUUCAAGAAGGAUUUGAUGAGCUAUGGAGAUCUAGCCAUUGUGUCCUUUUGGCUCACCAUUUUCAUGGUCACAAAUCAUACGUUGAAAAGCCCAUUUCUGGGUGGGUGUGGAUGAUCCCAAGACCCCCGGUGGGCUGAGGCUGGUGUCUGGUGAGCAGGAGGGGCCCUCGGGGAGUGUUCUCCCCACCCCCCACUCCUGUCAGCCUGCAUUCAGUCAGGCUGUUUGCGUGUGUGAGAUCAGUUUUAGGGACAAACUGACGACUGUUGUGUCCCUCUGGCCCAUUCGGCAGUCCCUUUGUCAUUUCUUGCAUUGCCUUUUAAAAUAUGAUGGUUAAUUUUUUUUAAUUGGAGAAGCUUCCUGGAGUGAAGAUGAGGCAAAUGUGCCUUUGUCACCUGGGCAGGGUGGUCCUGGAGAACAGGGCAAGGUGUGGUGUCCUGCAUGGGACAGUCCUGCCUGCUCUCAGAUUUCGCCACGGUUGGGUUUUGUUUGGUUUUACUAAAGACCUAGACAGGCAAGGCUUCUGUUCCUACUACCUAUGUGAGGCAGUGUWCUCAAUGUCUAAAACAUUGGUUUUUGCCUGUUAUUUGUCUAGAAACUACAGCCCUGGAGGCCCUUCCCUCUGUCCACCAGGCAGGUGACGCACAUGGAGAACAUCCGGCAGUUGCUCCAGCCAGAGCUGGGCUGAGCCUGCUGUCACUGCCUCCUCUCCUCUCGGGGUUGUGCACAUCUAGGCCCUGGCUGGAUCCUGUGUGCCACCCCCAUCUCUAGGAAAUUUGGUUUUUCUGAGGUUAGUAGUAUUUGUUAUUCAAGAAUGAGUAGGAUUGGUCCUGAUAAAGUUCCUGGGGUCAGCACUGGGAAAAG